CCGUACUUAUGAUACAAGAUUAGAAAAUGAGUUUAUCCAAGUUUAUUAAUCUUCGUUUUUAAGAGAGUAUGUGAUUAGACUUAGAUGAAGUGGAUUUUAAAAUUAUAAAUAUCAAACGGAUUAAUUUAUUUAGAGAUUUUUUUUGUUUACAUUUGUAUCAAAUUUAACUCUGAACAAUGGCCACACAGAUAGAAAGAGGCGUUAUUACUCGGAUGUACAUGGAAAAUUUUGUAACUUACGACAACGCAAUUUUCAAGCCAGGGCGAAAUUUAAACUUGAUCAUCGGACCUAAUGGUACCGGGAAAUCGACAGUUGUUUGUGCGAUAGUUUUAGGAUUAGGUGGAAAACCAAAAGUCAUCGGCCGUGCAGAAAAAGUGUCAGAUUACGUGAAAGCCGGAUGCGAAACCGCAAAAAUCGAAAUCGAACUCAGAGAUUCGGGCAAAAUGAGCAUAGUUAUAGCUCGGAGAUUUAAUCUCCACAAUCAGUCGACAUGGAUGAUAAAUGGACGAUCUGUGGGUAUAAAAGAGGUGCUGGCAGUCACCAAGCAGUUAAAUAUUCAGGUCGACAAUCUCUGUCAGUUUCUCCCACAAGACAAAGUUCAAAGCUUCUCCGAAAUGGAUUCUAAAGCCUUGCUGAUGGAAACUGAACGAUCAGUUGGAGAUCCGCUGUUAUUACAGUAUCAUGAAAAGUUGAUAGAGCUUCGUUCUCUCCACCGAACACUGGAGACUGAAGUCGCGAGCAAAACGCGCUCCUUGGAGAACAAACAGCAAAAGUACGAGGGCUUGAAAGACAUCGUUGGAAAUAUUAAGGAAAAAAAGACUAUUAAGAAGAAAAUCACUUCCUUGAAGCAAAAAAAGCAAUGGAUGUUGUACGAUCAAUUGAGACAGCAUUUUAAAGAUGCAAAGAAAAAGAGAGACGAAGCAGCAGUGGAAAUGAAAGAACUGGAUGUUCAGUUGAAACCCGUUAAUGCGAUGAUUGAUCGAUUAAAAUCGCGCGUUGAAGUCAUACAGAAGUCGGUCAGCGAUCAGAGCACUCAACUCGCGGUACGAGUUACGAAAGGUCAGAAAGCGGUCGAUGCUAUUCAGUCGUACGACGAUCAAAUUCGGGAAAUUGAAGAUACUCGAGAUAGAAGAAUUGAGGCCGAGGAGUCUCGCGAUCAGCAGAUUAAUCAUCAGCAACAACAGAAGAGUAAACUAGACAACGAUCUGAGUUGUAUGCUUCAAGAAUUUGGUUCUGAGGAAGCUUUGUCUGAACAGCAGAACGAAACACUGAAACUCGUGGAUCAACAGAGAAAAAUUAUCGAUACUUUGACGAGGGAGAGGGACAAUGUGAAAUAUAAAGAGGAUCAGGUUGAUCGCAACAUCAGAAAUCUCGAGAGGGAAUUGCACUCGGCAAGGGAAGUCGAAACUCAGCGGCUAGAAUUGCUGAGAAAUAAAAAUCCAGACGCUUACAGAGGAGUUCUUUGGUUGAGAGAGAAUAGAGAGAGAUUUUCUGCUCCCGUGCAUGAGCCAAUGUUUCUUCUCAUCAACGUGAAAAAUCCAAAGUACUCGAAGUACCUGGAGAACUCGAUCAGUUACAAUGACAUGGUGGCAUUUGUUUGCGAGAAUACCAAGGACAUGAAUCUCCUGGUGAAGCAUUUGCGAGGCGAGCUGAAACUGGUGGUGAAUAUUGUCCACUCGGAUCCUGAUCGACAAGUGCGAAUGCAUCCAAACAUUCCACUUGAGCAGAUCAAGCAAUUUGGCUUUGAGCAUUAUCUGGUGUCUCUCGUGGAAGCGCCUUCGACGAUUAUGAAGUACAUUGUGCAGAAUUUCCGUCUCAACAAUAUUCCAGUCGGGACUGAUGCCGUUGAGGAUAAUAUGGAUCACAUUCCUGACAAUUUAACCUACUUCUUCAGCAAGUCUAAUGUCUACUCGAUUAACAGAUCCAGGUACACCGGAGACAAAUCUGUGCGUCAGAACGCUGUUUCUGGAAAUGGAAUGCUUUCGAUUACUGUCGAUUCCGCGAGGUUAAAUGGAAUUCACGACAGGAUAAACCUGUUGAAAAAUGAGAAGCGAGGCAUUGCUCAACAGAUACAAGAAAUGGAAGCUCAAAUUAAAGAAGCGGAUAAACAAAUGACUGAGUAUCGCAACAUCAGGAGUCUUUGUCAGCAGAAUAUUCAGAAAAUUCAGGCCUUGAGGUCAAGAAUUCGCUUAGCAGAUGAAAAAAUAAAAAAACUGCAGGACGAGCGAACAGACAUUGAAGAAAUUAGGGCGAUGUUUAAAGCGGAAAUCCAGGAUACGAUUAAAAGCCAGCUCUGUGCCUACAAAACUUUUAAUAAACUACUGGAAGACUGUUUUACUUUUGAACAAGAGAGUGGACAAACGAAACUGGAUUUGAAACUGCAGAAGCAGAUGUUGCGACAAAAGGAGAAUGACUCCCAAGAAUUGCGCGACAGGUGUGACGAGGCCGAAAAAACUUUCAAAAUUCUCGAGGAAGAAUUGCGACCACUUAAAAAUGAAGUCGAUAAAUUGUACAAGGAGGCCUUGGCCUCUACUCAUGGACUCAGUCCUCAAGAUCGAGGUUUCAGACCUUUUAACACUGCCUUUGAAAAAUUACCACCCACGAUUCAGGAAAUUGAAGAAGAGCUCAGAACUGCACAGGCGAAAGUAUUCUGCAUGGCGAAGAACGACGACAGUGAAAACAUUCUCGAAGAGUUUGAGAAAGUGCAGAAGGAAGUUGAGGAAUUGAGAGGAGUCCUGGCAACGAAGACUCAUGAGUUGGAAACAAUUACAACCGAGACAGAAACCCUUCGAAAUUUGUGGAUGCCUCUUAUCGAACAACUCGUGGACAGGAUCAACGAGAACUUUAGUCGUUACUUUUCUGAGAUGAAGUGCGCCGGAGAAGUUUCCCUCACACACGACGAAAAUAUCAUGGACUUUGAUAAGUACGGAUUGAAAAUCAGGGUGAAGUUUAGAGAUGCGGAUAAACUUCAGGAGUUGACGAGACAUCAUCAGAGUGGAGGAGAAAGAGCUGUUACAACUGCAGUUUAUAUGAUUUCUUUGCAGGAAUUAUCGCGAGUUCCUUUUCGCUGUGUCGACGAAAUUAAUCAGGGAAUGGAUGCUAUUAACGAGAGAAGAAUUUUUGAGUUGAUUGUCAAUAUCACUGGCAAAAAUGAUAGUUCUCAGUAUUUCUUACUCACGCCAAAGUUGUUACCCAACCUUGAGUAUUCGAAUACUGCGACCGUGCAUUGCGUCCACAAUGGACAGUUUAUGAUUUCCUACAAAGAUUACGAUGUAGCCCAGUAUUGCAACCUUAUUCAGAGGUCUGGCUGAAAAUUCAAGAUUUUCGGAAAGUAAGUGAAAAGAGAAGGCCGAAGAGUACAAAUUCGGGUUGAAUAUAUUUUUUUAUUUUACUUGUGAAUAUGUGAUAAUAAGUAUUGACUUUUCAAUUGAGUCGCAAAGAUAAAUCAUAAAUAUUAUUCCUAAGACAUCUUAAACAAAAUAGUUGAUAAUAAAGUAUUCUAGAUUUUUCAGAUAUUACAUAAAAUGUAUUUUUUAUACAUUAUCAGAUAAGUUAGAAUAGGAAAAAUAAGCGACUGUUGAUUUAAGAACAGAACUCUCGAAAAGAUUGAAGCAAAAUCAAAUUUUUGCAGGAGAAAUUUCAUAAUCUUCGAAAUUGCUUCAAACUUUAACAUUUUUUGAAUAUACUUUUAUAUUUUCUAUGUUCCUAAUACUCAAAAUGUUAAUUAUUAUU